AUGAGCACCGAAGCCAUUUCCUUCAGUAUUUAUCGGAAGAUUCGAGGGGUAACAGAAAAGCCCUCACAACCAGGAUUUAUUUGCCACUGUAACAGAUACAAGAUGGUGAUUUGUGUAUCCCUGAUGAUUAGUGAUGUUGAAUACUUUGUCAUGUACUUGUUGUCCAUUUACAAUGCCACGUCACAAGCUUUGGUUCUCUUUGGUGCCCCUAAAGAAGACACUGAGAUUUUUCAUGAAAAUAAAAUGACAAAUACUGAAGGGGUGAAUAAAGGCAUUUACUUUAGCUACCCAUGUCGACGUCAAAGCUGUGCUUUAGUAAACAUCCCAGCACCAUGUGUCAACAAAAUGAUUUCACACAUUGAAGAUUUGGAAUCUAAAAUACAAGAACAUUUGAAACGGUUUGAAACAUCCCUUGAGGAAUGGAGCAGAACUUCUUCCACACAAGACCAGAAGGAAGACUGGAGUAUUGCUACACCAGUGAAAGAGGUUAAACCAGAAGAGAGAGAUAAAAAGUGUCCAGAAUUAAAGCAGGAAAUGGAAACAUUGCUCUCAGAGGCCGUUUAUCUCAUUAAAAGUCUAGAAACUGACCGUGCAGAAGCUGAAGAAGCUUUAAAACAACAAAAAUCAAGAAAGAAAAAGAUUCACAUGAAAAUUGAUUCUUGGUCAAUCUGGAGACUUCAAGAAAUUCCAUUAGCUGUGCAGAAAGAACAUGAGGCCUAUUUGGGAGAUAUUAUAGAAUUACAAUGGCAUCUUGAAGAUAAAGCUUAUCAACUAAAACAUUUUGAGAAACAAAAGGCAAAAUUAGAAGAAGUUAAUGCAAAGCUUCAAGCAGACAUAGACUACAUGAAUGAAUUUGGUCCUCUAAUUAACUCAAAACAGAACCAAGAACUUGAAGCUCUGAAAGAAUUUCAAACAAAGAAAUUUGAGGCAAUGGAAUUAUACAAACAAACUCAAGAAGAACUUGAAGAAGCUAUAGAAAAUGUUGAAAAUGCCAAAUUGAAUGUUAAACAAAUUAAACAAAACAUGGAGCAAGACAUUCAUAAUGAUGAAACAACCAUAGAAGCCUACAAGAGAGAGAUAGAGAAACUUGACAAUCUAUAUCAUCACUACUCUACAGCGGUACAAAAUGUCAGUGUUAGUAUCGAGGAGAACAAAGAAGCAGUGACUGAAGCACUGAAGGAAACAAAGUCAUCAACAAAGGAACUAUCUGAUUUAUCAAAAAUGGUCGAUGAUUUAAAAAAAAAUUAUGAUCAACUAUCCUGGAAGAGAAAAGGUUUUGAAAAGGAGUAUCUGAGUGUACUUAAUGAUUAUUAUGCCGCAAAAAAAUCAUGGGAUAUUGAGCUUUCUAAUAUUGCAAGAGACUUUUCAGAUAUUUCGAUUGCAAAUGCUCAAUUGACAGAAGAAAACAAAAAGCUUGCAAUUGAUAUUGAAACAGUGGCAGGUUUAAUCAAUGAAAGUAUAAAGAAAAAAGCAGAAUUGGAGUCUGAAAUCCAAUCUUUGAUGAAACUAAGGUCCAAAAAUGAAGACUUUCUUAAACAACUGUACAGGGAAGCUUAUCAGCUUGGUGCUGUUUUCCACCUAACCAAAUUUAAAACAGAGGAAUUAGAAGAGAAAAUAGCAGAAGUGAGAAGAAAAUUCAAGGGUAGAGAAGAAUUCUUGAAAAAACUCACACGAGGUGAAGUAGCUAAUGGAAUGAUGAUUCAGAAAAAACUGUAUUCCAUCCAAGAAGAACAGAUACUUGAGAGGCGGGAUCUUUUGGAAAAUAAAGCAAUGUGUACCCUAGCACUGGCAAAACUUGGGACACCUCUACUUCAACUAGAAGCAGAUGCUAUAAGAAUCAGAACUAUCCACAAAGAACAUUCUGAUAUAUUAAAUGAUAUAAUUGAGAGGAGAGACUAUGUUAAAAGAAACGUGGAAAGAACUAAGCAAAAAUUACGAAGAAGGGGGAAGAAAACCCGUGAUGCAAUAACAGAAACUGAGGAAAAACACUCAAUGAUUUUUAGAGAAAUAGAGAACACUAAAAGUAAAACGAUUAUUUAUCUUGCAAAAAUAGAUGAGUUGAAUAAGAACUUAAAAGAAAAAGAGAAAGAAAGUAAUAGUUUUGCUCAGACACUUGAGAGUUUAAAGAAUGAAUUUAUAACCAUGAGAUAUAAAAAGGAGCAUGCACAAGCAGUGUUUGAUCAUCUCAUAAGUGAGAAAAAAAUCUAUGAAGAGAAGCUCUAUGAGGAGGAGCAGAGAUAUCGAACACUAAUUACCAUGAGGCAAAAAACUCUGGCAGAUAUUAAAAAAAUACAAGAUGAUUCUCUAGAAGAAAAUCUACGUUUAGCUCAAGAAUAUCAAAAAUUACAGACUACUUUCUUAACAGAAAAGGACAAUUAUUUCAAUCUAUAUGAUAGACAGUUAUCACUUGAUGCUUCAAUUCGAGAUAAGAAACAGCUCUGUCAGCUGCAAAGAAGGAUACACAAGGUGUGGCAGAAGCACUUCAAACUCGUGGUCCUCUACAGCCAGAUGAGGCUGGCCAAGUUCCAGACAGACUCUCAAGAGAGUAUUCAGAAAAUAUUAGCUGUGCAGGAGGAAUCUUCAAAUUUAAUGCAACACAUCUUAGAUUUCUUCCAGACUUUGACAGAUGGCUCAUGUAAAGACGAUGGUUAA